AUGCAAAAGCGACCCAAUACGUUAUUAAACUGUAGUUUUUCUUCCAAAAAAAGAUGUACUGCUACUGAAAAUUUAACAUCAAAUUUAAAUACACCUGCAACUACUAUAAUUACAACUACAACGACUAAUGAUGAUUUCAAUUUGUUUUUAUCCAGUGAUCCAGAAGAUUUAGAUCAGGUGAUUGACGAAGUUAAUUUUAGUGUUGAAAGUAAUGAAUUGAAAGUGACUAAUUCUCGACCCGACACCAAUACAAAUGAUAUAGGUUAUUAUGUAUCAAAUAAACUUUCAAUUGAUGAUCAUUUGAAAUAUUCUCUAUUAACAAAUCAUUUUAAACUCGAUAGAAAAUAUUCAUUUCCAAUGUUAUAUUCGGAUGAUCAUAAAUAUUCUCGUCAAUUCCUAAUCAAUUGGUUAAACGAUAAUUCAUUUCUCCUGUUUAUUCACCAAACUAUUUCGUGUAUGGGUGAAACAAUAGCUAAUAUUAUUCUUGAUUAUUUAACAACGUAUAAUUUACCGUUUGAUAAUAGUCUAGGUCAAGCAUAUGAUGGGGGCUCAAAUAUGGUCGGUAUCUAUCAAGUACUGGUUGAUAGCUGUAGUAUUUCACAAAUUCGUAACAUGAUGGAAACAAUCAAGAAAAUAAUUAAUUUUUUUAAAGAUUCACCAAAACGAAUGCUUGCUCUUUGGCCUGAAAAUACGGACUAUCAAGAAGAAUAUAUUUAUUUAACAAAUAAAAAAACGUCUGUUGAGUUUAUGUGA